GGGAAGGACCAGACCAAGCCCCAGCCCUCCUCGGGGCUAGGACCAGGAAGCGCUGGGGGGACAGGAGCGGAGUUGAGACUGAAGCCAGGAUGGUGGCGUCCUCGCUGAAGCUUCAGGAACUAAUCCAGGAGAUUCGUGAGGCCAAGACCCAGGCCCAGGAGCGGGAGGUGAUCCAGAAAGAGUGCGCCCACAUCCGGGCCUCUUUCCGCGAUGGGGACCCUCUGCACAGACACCGCCAGCUGGCCAAACUGCUCUACGCCCACAUGUUAGGCUACCCCGCCCACUUUGGACAGAUGGAGUGCCUGAAACUGAUCGCCUCCCCCAGGUUCACAGACAAGAGGGUGGGCUACCUGGGGGCCAUGCUUCUACUGGAUGAGAGGCAGGAUGCCCACCUGCUCAUUACCAACAGCAUCAAGAAUGACCUGAGCCAGGGGAUUGAGGCUGUCCAAGGCCUGGCCUUGUGCACGCUGAGCGCCAUGGGCUCUGCUGAGAUGUGCCGGGACUUGGCCCCGGAGGUGGAGAAGCUGCUCUUGCAGCCCGGCGCCUACGUGCGCAAGAAGGCUGUUCUGACUGCAGUGCACAUGAUCCGGAAGGUCCCUGAACUCUCUGACAUCUUCCUCCCACCCUGUGCCCAGCUGCUUCAUGAACGCCACCAUGGCAUCCUGCUGGGCACCGUCACGCUGAUCACUGAGCUCUGCGAACGAAGCCCUGCAGCCCUCAAGCACUUUCGCAAGGUGGUACCCCAGCUGGUGCAUACCCUCCGAACUCUGGUGAUGACAGGAUGCUCCACAGAACACAGCGUAUCUGGAGUCAGCGACCCAUUCCUGCAGGUCCAGAUACUUCGUCUGCUUCGGAUUCUGGGCCGGAACCACGAGGAGAGCAGUGAGACCAUGAAUGACUUGCUGGCCCAGGUAGCCACAAACACAGACGCCAGCCGAAAUGCGGGCAGCGCGGUUCUGUUUGAGACGGUGUUGACUAUCAUGGACAUCCGCUCUGCCGCGGGCCUGAGGGUUCUAGCUGUCAACAUCCUUGGCCGCUUCCUACUCAACAGUGACAGGAACAUUAGAUAUGUGGCCCUGACGUCCUUGCUGAAGCUGGUGCAGUCUGAUCACAGCGCGGUGCAGCGGCACCGGCCCACUGUGGUGGAAUGUCUACGGGAACCUGACGCCUCCCUCAGCCGGCGGGCCCUGGAACUGAGCCUGGCCCUGGUGAACAGCUCCAACGUGCGGACCAUGACCCAGGAGCUGCAGGGCUUUCUGGAGUCCUGCCCCCCUGAUCUACGGGCCGACUGUGCCUCCGGCAUCCUACUGGCAGCAGAGAGGUUUGCCCCAACCAAGCGGUGGCACAUAGAUACCAUCCUCCGUGUGCUGACGACGGCAGGCAGCUAUGUGCGCGAUGAGGCAGUGGCCAACCUGGUCCAGCUGAUUGGGGGCGCCCAGGAGCUUCACGCCUACUCCGUGCGCCGCCUCUACAGCGCCCUGGCUGAGGACAUCUCCCAGCAACCACUGGUGCAGGUGGCAGCCUGGUGCAUCGGGGAAUACGGAGAUCUCCUGCUGGAAGGGACCUGUGAGGAGACUGAGCCCCUGCAGGUGGAGGAAGACGUGGUGUUGACACUGCUGGAAAGGGUGCUUCAGUCUCAUAUGUCCCUGCCGGCCACGAGGGGAUAUGCCCUCACGGCCCUCAUGAAGCUCAGCACCCGGCUCCAUGGGGACAACAACCGCAUCUGCCAGGUGAUGUCCAUCUACGGGAGCUGCCACGACGUGGAGCUGCAGCAGCGGGCGGUGGAGUACAAUGCCCUCUUCCGGAAGUACGACCACUUGAGGGCUGCUGUCCUGGAAAAGAUGCCUCUUGUGGAGCGGGGUGGCCCUCAGGUCAAUGAGGAGGCAAAGGAAAGCAAAGAAGUAGCCCAGCUUUCAGAAGCAGCCCCUGUCCCCACGGAGACCCAGGCCUCAAAGCUCUUGGAUCUGUUAGAUCUCCUGGAUGGCCCUUCUGAGAAUGCCCAGCACCAUCCCCCUCUGGAUCCUACCCCAGGAGACACUUUGAUACACCUCCUUGACCUUCCCUGCGCUCCCCUACCCUCUGCUCCCAUCCCAAAUCUCAAAGUAUUUGAGCGUGAAGGACUUCAGCUGACUCUUUCUUUUGUUCGACCCCCUGGAACUCCUACUUUGCUGUUAAUCACUGUCACUGCCACCAACACCUCAGGGGGUGACGUCACCCACUUCAUCUGCCAGGCGGCUGUGCCCAAGAGUUUCCAGCUGCAGCUACAGGCCCCCAGUGGAGACACUGUUCCAGCCCAGGGUGGCCUUCCGAUGACCCAGCUGCUCAGAAUCCUCAAUCCUAACAAGGCCCCCUUGCGGCUGAAGUUGCGCCUCACCUACGACCACUUUGGCCAGUCGGUACAGGAAAUUUUUGAGGUGAACAACUUGCCUGUGGAGACAUGGCAGUAACUCAGCCUCCACUCAGAACCUGAAAUCCUCCCGUGUCCCCAGAUCGGGAGCCCCAGCUACUUGGAGCCAUAUCUGAGGGUGACCAGCAGGUGGCACUCUGGUCCUGUGCUUGCUGCUGCAGAAACUCGGGUGGGGGGAACCCCACAAAUGAUGAAAGCCCAAUAAAGCCCAAGGGAGCAAAGCCA